UGGUGCACCACAGAGCUGUCAGGGCAAACAGCUCCAUGUUUCUCUGCAGUAAGGUCUACAAUACUCUAAUAGUGUGUUUUUAAUUAGAAGUAAGACACCACGUAGUGAGAUGUGCAGUAGCGGGAUACUACGCUGGUUUAUCAGUGAUAUUUUAGUUUGAGAGCAUCCACGAAGAACAUUGUUUUGCUAGCUGACAAGGUACCAAGCUAGCAGCACAAAGACCGAUUCCAAUUACAGAUCUGCAAGAUGUCCCAGACGGACAGCAAAGUCCUGGUUCUGGGAGCCCUGGCUGGAGUGGCUGGCAUCGGCCUGGCGGUGGCAUGCUACCAGGGCUAUAAGACAAGACGGAGAGCUUCAUUGCCAGCACGCUACAUGCACUAUAACAAUGAACUUUCUACUGGGAUGAUGCUGGUUGAUAGUCCAGGUCUGCCUGGGGCACAGGGCGAGGUGUUGGACCGCCUGGAGGCCCUCAUUCAGUGUGUGUCCGAGCUGAAAGAUGAGAUGAAGGCAUUGAAGAAUUCCAUGCCGACGGUGCAUGGUCAAGCCAGUGAAGACCUGGCAGGAGGUGAUAGGACAGAGGCACGUCGAGCUGGAGGUGAUAGGACAGAGGCACGUCGAGCUGGAGGGGAUAGGACAGAGGCGCGUCGAGCCGGAGGCGAUAGGACAGAGGCGCGUCGAGCCGGAGGUGAUAGGACAGAGGCACGCCGAGCUGCUCCCCUUCACAGGACCACACCGACACGGAGGAAAAGGGCCGCGGGAAGCAUUGCUGGUGCCGUAGGAGGAGGGCGGAGCUCUGAAGAAGCAGAAAGUGAAGGGGGGUACAUAACCGCACUGACAGACUCGGAUGAAGAGGAGCAGAGCAAUGAUGAAGAAUGGGAGGAAAAUCAAGAAACCUCAGACAACUUAGCAGACCUACUUGGAAUGGUCGACUCUUUGCAUCAGGGCACAGAAUCGGACAAAAGGGAAAGUCUAUGUAUCCUCACAGCAAGACAAGAAGAGUUUGGACAGAAGUCAGCGUUUCUUUGGCGGCUAAUCAGAGCUUACAGCGAUGCGCAUGACAUCAGCCCCACGCUUGAAGAGAAGAAGAAACAUGCAGAAACUGGAAAGCAGAUUGGCGAGGAGGCAGUAACACUGAACCCCACGUGUGCUGAAAGUCACCAGUGGUAUGCCAUCAUGUGCGGAAUUUUGGCCGAAUAUGACACAAUGCAGAACAAGAUCAAGAAUGGCUACAUUUUUAAGGAUCAUCUGGAUAAAGCCAUCGAACUGAAGCCCCAAGACCCCAUGUCCUACUACCUGCUGGGCCGCUGGUGCUACGCCGUGGCCCAGUUAUCUUGGAUCGAGAGGAAAGUUGCGGCUGCAUUAUUCGGAGAGCCUCCCAGCGCCUCAAUUGAAGAUGCACUGACUAAUUUUCUCAAGGUCGAGGACCUCCAUCCAGGAUAUUCCAAACUCAACUAUGUAUUCCUUGCUAAGUGCUACAGAGAUUUGGGCCAGAGACAAAAGGCGAGGAAUAUGUAUGAAGCUGCUUGUUCAAUGCCAGCUGUUUCCAAAGAGGAUGAAGAAGCACAGAAGGAGCUGGACCUUCUCUGCACAGAACUCCAAAUGCAACCCCCUGCAGGCCAGUUGUUGUAGGUUCUAUUGCUCCUGGCCGUGUGUGCGGUGGGAACCAUCAUGUGAGCAAACUGGCAGCUGGACUGAGGUCAGUGGUGAAGAGAGGCGCCAUAAGAUGUAGACGUACGGUCACUUCCUUGAGAUGGUGAGUGGCUGCUUUGGUGUGUUCGGGUGUUUCUGUAGGAAUAGGAAAGCGGGCCUUGCGGCUCCUUCCUUCCGUCCUGUUUUAAUUGUCGCCUAACUCACGUGACUUGACUUGACGUGACGUGACGUGUCUCCAACCAAAGUUGGCGGAUUGGCUCUCUUUACCUGCACUUGACUUUUUAACGACCACCGAUAUGCCAUACGCAUACACACGUGUUUUAUGGCUUGGAACCUGUUAUUGAUUGACAUUGUUGUUUCUGGCUUCUAUCCACAGUUAAAUGGGUGACAUUUAUUAAUGGCUUCCUCUCUUAUGGCACACCCCCCGUGACUGUAAUGGUAUGCACCUAUUCUCACUGCCAUUAAUCACACGCUCUGCUUGCAAGAACAGGCGGCAAACAUCAUCUUUCUCCAUUUAAGACAAAAAAUAAAUCUGAUUAUAUAUCUUAGGCACUCACUUGACAAUUGAGUCUUUAAACGCAGCACAACACAAUAUCUUUGACAUGCUUAUUCACUUCCUGAGUAUCUUCUAAUUAAAUAAAAGAAUAUGAAUAGAUUAACUUAUGGUGAUGAAGGAAGGGAAAUGACGCUGCAGGUAAAUAGAGCCAUUUACGCUUUGGUUUUUAGGUUUGGGGCUUUUGGAGUAUUUUUUGGAGCAGAAGAGUUGUCGAUCCGUGACGAGGGAUGGGUACCCAAAACGCUUCAGUUAUAGGCCGAUACUACCGAGCACCGACUCGCACCAAAUCAAAUGGUACCGUGUUUUGGUGCCAAAAGUCCAGUUUCAGGGGAGUGUCAUGGCACCACAGUGCACAAGCGAUGAAGAUGACACCAUGGGGGGGUAAACAGUACCAUAUUAUUAAAUCUUAUAUAUCAAGAAACAAUCUUCAAUUGGGAAAAAAUAGUCAAUUAACACUUAAGACCGAAUGAACACACAAAAGUACUGAAAGUUGGUACAUUGUAUAACAGUAUCAGUUCAAAUGUACCCAUCCCUACCUGGGACGCAUGGAAUCUAGAUUUUAGGGAGGGAGAUUGAAUGAAUGUUAAAUUAUGGGUGUUGAUUUUAAGAGUGUUUUAUCCAUUCCUAAUUGUUGUAAUGGUUUUGCUGUCAAUGUAGUAGAAUGUAUGCGUAAUGCAGGCCGCACAUGCAUUUGUUUUAAGAUUCCGAUUUUUUUUUUAAUGUUUGAAAUCACUUUAAAUCUGCUUUUGUGUCUCUUUCCAUAUUUGUAAUAUUCCAUAUCUAUGUACAAGAUUAAUUUUGCCGCCAAAAGGCAAUUGUGAUGGUUGUUUUAAAGAUGCAGGUACAUGGAGGUUAUUAUACAUCAUCAUGGAUGCUCCCACAAUCUGAUAUUAAAUCGGCAAAACCAAUAGCACUUUGUAUUAUUUAUUUGGAGGACAUCAUUUGUAAUGAUUGAUUGAAAUGAAUAAUAAUAAAAAUAACUUGGAUUUCAAUAUUUUUGGACUAAUGAUGGGCCAUCGUCAACCAAAAAAACAGCGCUAAUGAAUGAAUGAAUGUUUUCAUGCUGCAGGCAUGUCCAUGGGCGUAUCACUUCCUUGCGGUUUUGCUGAUAGUUCUGGAUCCUAACCUCCGAGAAAAUUGGAGCUCUCCUGUAAUUACUUUCAAGGCGUGUUUUGUGCCAGGUUAAUAUUGACAUUUUCCUCCAUGUGCGAGUCAACCAACAGCCUUGCAGGUCUCGUCAUGCUUCAGCAUUUUACUGUCAUGUUUGUACAAAAGAAUCACUUCCCAAAUGAGUUCAAAUGACAUCCAUGUGCAGAUUCUCUUCCUCUUCCUCUUCCUCUUCCUCCUGUGCAUGAAAGGGACUCGUGGAAGAUGGCCGCAUACGUUGGCUCAGUGCUGCCUCUGAUCUUGAUCUUGGUGUCCUCUAUGCUGGUCUUAUGGAAUCAACUUUGUUGCAUAAGAGCAGCGUAGCUUUUAGGUGUCCUGUCUCCUCAAGCUCAAAUUCCUGAGGAAGGAUGGAUUGAUUCUUUUUAUUUCUUUUUUAUUUCCCGCUCACUCGACAUAAUUGUGGGAAUGCCCAACGCAUGUGUUAUUGUAGUUGGCCGUUUUCAUCCAUUUAUUCCUCUUCUUCCUACUUCUUAUUCCGCCGCAAUCAAUUUUUUGUCCACUAACUACUCCUCCAUUUCGUAACCAAUUCUAACAAAUCCAACAUGAAAAUGUUCACCUCACUCAGGACAGGUUUGCUACCUAUUCGGACUUUUGAAAAUAUCACCACAUUUAGUGUCUUUUCAUAUUUUCUGUGUAAAAUGUCCCAUUAAAAAUGAAUGGGCGGUUUGAAUGGCGCCCUCUGCUGGUGAAAAGUCACUUAAAAGCUCCGUUGGGGGUUCAUCAGUGAUGGUGUGGCUUGGUUCAUAAAGUACUGCUUCCCAAGCCAGAGGUUGCUGGUUUGAUGCCUGCUUAUGCAUUUAUCAUAUUGUAUACCGAUGACAGUAAUAUCAACUACUUUUGAAAGACCAGUGCAGCAGUGCAUUGUGGGUAUUAAAAAGCAGUGUGUGGCCUUUUCUCCGGGUAUUCCGGGUUCCUCCCAUAUUCCAAAAGGUUAAUUGGUGACUCCAAAGUGUAUCCCACCUUUUGCUCAAAUCCUACUGGAGUUGGCUCCUUCAUGUGUCCUGCGAUUGGCUGGCCACUGGUCCGCCUCUCAUCUGAAGACAGCUGGGAUAGGCUCCAGCCAAAGCGCCACCGUAGUGAGGCCAAGUGGCGUAGAAGAUGGAUAGAUGCAUGGACGUGUGGGAGGCAUGUUUACAACCUAAAUACUUCAUGUGAAGAGAGAAGCUGACUCCAAUACUUUUAUUGCAAAUGUUGAUCCAAAAAUAGAUAUUCUUAUGAGUGUCGGUUACCCUUGCCUUCCAGGUUCCAUUGUAGAACUUUCAAAACAAACAUUCCAAAUUACCCUAUUGCUGAUUAUGCCAAGAACCAUGAUGGUGGGCAGGUCCAUGAUGUUUGUGUGCAUGGACUCCUUGUGUGGAAAAAUAUUAUUAUAUUAUUAUUAUUAUUAUUAUUAUUAUUAUUAGACGCACAAAAGCAGGAUCUUGUUAUGAAUGAAUGAAUGUGUCGCCUAUUGUUGUUGUUGUUGAGAAAACACCAGAUUAAAUGUGGAGAUUCUUGCCAAUCUUGUUAUUCAGUCUUCACAGAACAAAGCUUUAUUGACGUGUUUUACGUCAUACAAUAUUGACAGAUAACUGCU